AAGUUGACAAGUGCAGUCGUACACCGUAAGUUGAAGCCUUCAUCACUCCGUGUUGUCCUGGAAGUGAAUACAGCAGCACAACCCCUCUCAAUUUUUUCUACUAGCUAGCUAGCAAACUUCAUUAUCGUCUCUACAAAACGCACAAUGAGAUCGCUUUUGCUAACUGUAAUUCUCGUCGUGUGGACGGCGUCGCCCAUUGCGGCGUUUCAGCCACAAUAUUCAAUUAUUGGUCGGCCGCCUGUGGUUCCAACCAAGACAUCUUCAUCAUGGUUGUUGUUACCAACGACCACCAAACCACGCCAUCAUCAUGUCACGACAGCUCGAAUGGCUUCGGCUGCCGAGGACGAUACCGAUAGUACCCCCAAAAAACAGCUCGACGUGGAUGCCAUUGUCAAGUACGGGGGCGCCCUUGCCAUUCAAAUGGGUCUCUUCACGGGGAUAUUCACACUCUUUGAUAAAUUGGUCGCCAUUACGGGAAUUGCCCAAGUUCCAUUUGCCGUCAACUUUAUUCUCUUUUACUUUUGUGCCCUCAAGAGUCGUGUCUUGAAUCCACUCGCCAACAAUCGUCCCAAUGUCGACACCAAGGAAGUCGACAAUAUACCCAAACGACAAAUGCCCACGUGGACACCACCUGGAUUUGUCUUUCCCAUUGUCUGGCUACUACUCAUUGGACCGUUGCGGGCGGCCACUUCAUCAAUGAUCUACGCCACCACCGGGAGUUAUGCGUGUGCUCCCAUUUUGGCACUCAUGCUACACUUGUCCAUUGGAGAUGUCUGGAAUACCAUUAACAAUGUCGAACGACGGUACGGGACAUCCAUAUUGGGGAUUGUUGGCGUGUACACGUCGGCGGCCUUUGCGGCAUAUUCCUAUCAUCAAGUACUGCCACUGGCGGGAAAACUCUUGGCACUCAAAAUGAUCUGGUUGACCAUUGCGUCGUCCCUUAUCAUUCGAACGUGGCAAUUGAACCCCAAUCCGGAAACGGGCAAGCCGUAUUCGUUGCUGCCCACCACGGGAGAAGGUUCCAAGACCGAGUUCAUGUGGUUUUAAAGUUAGCAAAGCAAGCAAGCAAACAAGCAAGCAACUAGCUAGCUAAACGUACAGGACUCAUAAAUGCUACUAGUACCGCUAUAAUGCUAUGAUUAAUAUUCCUGAAAGCACCGCUGCUGGUUUCCUGUCGCCA